AUGCUUUAUUCAUUUUCAAUUUUGUUUUUGGUUUUUGUUGUCUAUUGCGUAGCAGCUUCAGAAGUAGAUAACUCUAUUGAGCAGCGCAAUAUAAUCAUUGCACUUCAUAAGAAGCUUCGACAAAACCAUAAAGAUACAUCCGCUCUAAAAUGGGACACUACUUUGGCUUUCCAAUCGAAACAAUACGUUAAGAAAUGCGAUUUUAACAGCAAAAGUGAUAUCAGCGGAUUCUUAAAUCUUAUAGCAAUUGACAAUGUAGCAAGCGGCUUUAAAAACUGGAAUCAGACAAUCAAUGCUUGGUAUAAGGGUAACGAAUAUUACGACUAUGAUCAUCCAGGUUAUACAGAUGCUGCAGCAACGUUUAUCACGAUGGUUUGGAAAGAUACUGAACGAAUUGGUUGUGCUUCUCAAGAGUGCCCUAGCGGUACAUUAUAUCGCUGUUUAUACUCACCUAGCAUACCUAUACAUUUAAUACUUGAUGAAAAAGAGUAUGAAAGCAAUGUAGCUACUACAAAAUAA